GUGUAGGCAGCCUGCUUAAGAAAAUUAAAAUAUAACAAAUUAGUUGUAAUAAAUAACUACGAUGCAUACUAGUAAAAAAGUGUUUUUGUGCGUUGAAGCUUAAAUGUGCUUAAACAUGCGGGUGUAUCAGUAUAUGGCAGGAGCUGGCUCCAACUUUGGCAUGAUAUCAGUUGGCAUGCACUACGGCUGGUCCUCGAUAGCACUGCCAAAGCUGAUUAACGGAACUGAAACAAGUUUCACCAUCACUCCAGAGGACGCGUCAUGGUUAGCUUCGAUCGUCUCCUUAGGUUCACUAUUUGGAGACACGUUUGCUCUUUUGACGUUGGAUAAACUCGGAAGGAAGUUUCUUAUUAUAGGAUCAUCACUGCCAUUAGCUGUAUCUUGGUUGUUAGUUGCCAAUGCACAGUCUGUAGCUUUUUUGUAUAUCGGAAGGCUACUAGGUGGAUUAGCAGAUGGAAUCGCAUUCAGCGUGGUGCCUCCAUACUUAACCGAAAUCUCAGAUCCAGAAAUCAGAGGCUUCCUAGGUUCAACCUACCCUGUUACUUUACAUUUUGGCAUGCUUCUAAUGAACAUAUUGGAACUAAUCUUCUCCAUCCAGCUUUCAUCCUACUUAGCCUGUUUGAUAGGAAUGUCCACGUUGUUGAUAAUGCCUUUAGUACCUGAUAGCCCUUACUUCCACCUACUGAAAGGCAACGAAAAAGCUGCUAAGGAAAGCUUACAGAAAUUUACCGGAAAGAAAGACGUUUCGAAAGACUUGGAAAGAAUAUUAGAGGGUAUGCAAGAAGAAGGCGGAGCACAUCUCAACUGCUCUAAGGCUUUCUUUAGCCCACUUGCAAUUAAAGCGCUGAUGAUAUCUAUAGGAUUGAUAUUCCUUCAACAGAUGAAUGGAUUGUUAGCUGUCAUCAGCUACACAUCUAGUGUCUUUCAAGAGAGUAAAGACUUUCUAGAUCCUCAAGUAUCUAACAUUAUCUUCUAUUCAAUGCUCAUGUUAUGUGCGUUACUUGGCGCGUUUCUUGUUGAUAUCUUCGGAAGAAAAUUUCUCAUAUUACUGUCUUUAAUCUCAUCAACUAUUAUGUUGCUCAUAACAGGAGCUUAUAUAUACAUAAAAACUGAAACUAGCAUAGAUGUGGAAGGUAUGGGCUACGUAGAACUAAUUUCAGUAAUUCUGUACGCAGUCUCUGAAGGUGUAGGACUGAUAUUCAUCCCUCUGUUAGUAGUAAGCGAGAUACUUCCAACAAAUGUCAAAGCUGUUGGGAUGUUGUUGAUUAAUAUUUGUUUCGCAUUGACUUCAGCAACCGUCAUUAAGUUUUUUAGUUGGAGUUCUAUGGAGUAUGGGAUGUAUGUUCCCUUCUUUACUUUUGCGUUAUGUGGUAUAGCUGGUGUGAUAUUUGUGAUAUGUUUGGUGCCGGAAACCAAAGGGAAAACGUUGGAAGAAGUUCACAGAGCAAUCGACGGACAUCAUAAGAAUAAGAGCUAUGAUUUAGACUGAUAAACAUUUUAUUUGAAUAAGUAGUAGCUCAGGAAGUAUUCAUGUUUUUUUAAUGUGUGUGAACAAAAAAUAUCAUUUUUUAUAAAAUUUAUAAAAUUGACAGCUUAAAAGAUAUACGAGUAAGCAAUUUAAUAUUUAACACGUUCGCUGCCGAUGACUCCGAUCGGAGCCAAUCGGUGAUCUUCGCCAUGUGCCGAUGGCUCUGAUCGGAGUUAUCAAUUUCCGUGAGCAGUGAUACGAAUAAUCCUGGUUUCAAUGCUGCCGACUCCGAUAGGGGACAAUUUUUUUCUCCACCUUUUUAAAUUCGAUACCAAUAUAAAUGUAAGCUCAUGAAAUAUCUCAAACACAUUUUUGGAUGCGGUUUCAACCCUGUAGCACACAAAAUCUUUCCAGAAGGUUCACAAGUCUGCUUAGUGUCACUCAGCACGACGGCCCUUACGCCUGUUUAUGUUAUACAUUCCAUUCCUUAUCUGGGCACUUGUUCCCAGGAUGAACUUUCUUAAAAUGCGGGCGUGGCGCGCAUUACAGUUCAAAUACUGCGUGAAAUCCAUCGCUUCUCAGACCAAGUAGUGCGCAUUGUGGACCUAAUUACAGUGUUGAUGUGCUAUUGGGUGUAGAGUUUUGGUUACCUGUAAGCUGAGCAAUCACUGAGUAUUUCCUUCAUUCUGCUGUACUGCAUCGAUUGAUAGCUAUAUCACUUUUAUAUCCAUGAUCAUGAAUGUCGUAAGCACGUAAGCCAUAUUUAUAUAGAAGCUUUGAUCGUAUAGCCCUAGUUAUAAACAUUCUUUCAGCAUAUUCAUAAAUUACAACGAUGCUUUGAUUAUAUAUCCAUAAUGAUAAAGACGCUCUGAUCAUAUAUCCACAUUUAUAAAGAUGCUUUGAGCAUAUAUCCAUAUUUAUAAGAUGCUUGAAUUAUAUAUUCAUAUUUCUAUCAAUGACUUACGGACUCAAUAAUUGCGGAUAAGGAUAGGGAAAUUAGGUGGCUCAUACAGGGGUGACGCCUCGCCUCCAGUCUCUGGAGGUUGUUAUGGGACUUUCGGUACCCGAUUGCUGGGUUUAGGUGGUUACGUUCAUUACUGCUCGGUUUCCUCUAUCAGGGGAAACGUCGGAGCGCUUGGAAUGUUGACAAGGUGGCCUUUGGCCGAAGUGGCGUCCUAGGUCUGAAUGACCGCUUAACCAUCUUCUCUUGGUAAUCGCUGGCAUCUGAAUGUAUCUCAUGGCAGGAUGUGCGAAGGGAUUGUUAUUCUAAGGCUUGUCAUCUUGCUCGGUUAUCUCUGAUUAAGAGGUAAUCUCGGAGCCUUUGGGUAUUGACGCAACGGCCGUUGGUCAACGUGAUAUCCUGGAUCCUGGACUGCUUUUAGUAACAGUUGUUAAACUCAGCAUAUUUGUCUAUACGCCUGGAUAUCACAUAGGUGCUUAAAACUAUGUUGAUCACAUAUGCUACUGUGUGCUGAAAAUUGGCUAAGUGGAGGACUGUAUGUCCCAGGUACUGUGUGUCCCAGAGUGGUGCCCCCGCUCUUAGGGUCUGCGGACCAGUAUAUGAUAAAUUAAAAAUAAAUAACGAUGAAUUGGUACCACUACGAAUAAUUAAUGUAUUUCUAAGGUAGUGCAUGUUAUGAUCGGUUGAACAUGGGAGGUACUCAAGUCAUUUUUCUAAAAAUAGAUAUUGGCCCCGACAAUCCGACCAUAUCGCCCUUAUCGCUUGCCAAAGGAUGAUAACUCGUUGCCGUUCCGCCACCAUGUAAGGGGCUUUAAUAUUACCCUGACAUUGUUGCCCAUAUCAAUUGCUUACUUACCCUUGUAGUAAAAAUGAAAUGAUACAGGGUGGUACUUCGAAGGGUUUUCACGUUUAUUGUUAUACUCUAUUAUUAUCAUAUCUCGUGCUUAUCCUAUAUAAAUAACUAAACAUGAUUACAUAUACCAAUAUUAGUCUGAUUGGUGAAAAAAUG